GUGCGGCUGCUUCGGCCGGUUUCCUGGGCGGCGGUUUCGGCGAGGCGUUCCCUUGGUUCUCCGGUCGGAGCCCUCCUCUGUGGCGGGAGAUGCCGUCGGAGCAGUUCCGCAUGGAGACCCUGCAGGCGCUCCGGAGCAGCCGCAAAGGGCAGCUCAUCUACUGCCGGGAGUGGGACCCGGGCGAGGAGAUUCUGGAAGGGGUCAGAGCCCCCCCUGAGCUGUCUCCCUAUUCAGGUUGGGUGCUGGAACAGCUGCUCUCCCGCUCUCCAAAGGAAGGUCCUCACUUCGCAAGCUCAGCUCCAGAAGAAGAAUCCGCUCCUGUCACAUCCCACGUGUCCUCUCUCGCAAACACUGCUUCACCCACUAGCCUGUUGCUUUCCAGACCACUUUCAACAGAAGCACCAAGUGAUGCACAGGACUGUGACGAAUGGAGAGAUCUGGAGACCAACCAGGAGAGCGUUCCUGUGCCUCCCCCUUCAAAAAGUGUGGAGGUGGAAGGCCUGAUACGCUUGCAUGAGGAAAUCCAGAGGCUGAAGGGAAAGGAAGAGCUCAGGAAGCGCCUGGAACAGCAAGAGCAGGUGGUGAAGGCCGCCUCAGAGGAGGCGAGCGAACUGCUGAAGCGCUUCGAUGAGCUCAAGGAGCUGAAGCAACAUCAGGAAUAUCAAGACUUGAAGCAAGUGAUCGAGAGCAGCUCCAAAGAAACUCAAGGGCAACAGGAGAAGCUGAAAGAGGAGCAUCGUCGCAGAGCCAAGCUUUUGAACCGGAAAUUGCGAGAGGCGGAGCAGCAGCGCCAGCGCCAAGAGGAACUGGAGCGCCUUCGCAAAGAGGAGAGCCAGGAGUGGCUCCGGCGCCUCUAUUCCAUCCAAGAGGAGGUGCUCAGGAUCAAUCAACAGAUCGGCGUCCAUAACAGGCAUAAGGACCUGCCCGGGGUUGACUUCUCGGCGUACAGCAACCGCAGCAAUCAGAUCUGCGGGGAAGUGUCCGGGCUCGUCCGCGUGGCCAGCGAGAGAGGCUUUCCUGCUCAAGUGGACAUGGGCUCUGCUGAACAGGCACUCCUGGAAAUGCAAGGGUUAAUUGCCAGUAUGCAGCAGGAGAUUGGCCUGGCCAUGGAAGAGAAAAGGAGGCGUGAGGAGGAGGCGGCAGCAGCGGCAGCAGCCAGGGAGAGGCAGAAGGAGUUGCAGAAGCAGGAGCUUGCAAAAGCUCAGGUCCCAAGUCCCACGAAGCCUGUUGGAGGGAAGUCCCCGGACACUGGGCUUCAGGUGAAAGCUGCAGAGAAAACACUGCAGUGGUACCAUCAGUUGCAGAAAGAGUAUGACCAGUGCGUUGCUUCCUUCAGCGGGCUGGCCGACAGCCAGGAUAGCCAGGUGAAAAGAAUCAGAAUGGAUUUGCAGAAGGCAGCCACCAUCCCAGUCAGUCAGAUUUCGACCAGAGCAGGUUCUCAGCUGAGAGAGAUAUUUGAUAAGAUCAAUAACCUCCUUUCAGGAAAGUCUGUACAUAGUGGUGGGCGCAACGUAAGCGUCACGCAACAUCCUCAAGGGCUGGCAUUCGUUUAUUUCAAGUUGGCAGAAAAGUUUGUGAAACAAGGAGAGGAGGAAGUGGCUUCGCAUCACGAGGCGGCUUUCCCAAUCGCUGUGGUGGCUUCAGGCAUCUGGGAGCUGCACCCCAAGGUCGGAGACCUCAUUCUGGCACACCUGCACAAAAAGUGUCCCUACGCUGUCCCAUUCUACCCAGCUCUGAAGGAAGGCACUCCCCUGGAGGAAUAUCAGAGGAUGCUGGGUUACCAAGUUAAAGAUUCCAAAGUAGAGCCACAGGAUAACUUCCUGAAACGAAUGUCUGGGAUGAUCCGCCUGUACGCAGCUAUACUUCAGCUUCGGUGGCCUUAUGGAAACAGUCAGGGGAGUCACCCUCAUGGACUGAACCAUGCUUGGUGCUGCCUGGCGCAAAUGCUGAACAUGGAGCCUCUGGCAGAUGUGACAGCCACGAUUCUGUUUGACUUCUUGGAGGUCUGUGGGAACGCUCUCAUGAAGCAAUACCAGGUGCAGUUUUGGAAGAUGAUGCUCCUUAUCAGAGAAGAGUAUUUCCCAAGAAUUGAAGCAAUUACUAGUUCUGGAGAAAUGGGCUCCUUAAUGAGAUUCAAGCAGUUCCUGGAGAAAUGUUUACAACGGAAGGAAAUCCCUCUACCAAAGGGGUUUUUGCCACCAUCUUUCUGGAAGUUAUGAUUUGGCUUCUCCCGGUUGCGUCUUCGCCUAGAAGUUCAAAGAAUGGUCUCCCUCGUGAGAAGGAAACCAGUUAAGCCUCCAGAGACUUUUUCGCACUGAGGACGUUCAAUCAACAGAGGAACUUUGCUGUUCUCCAAGUUUUAUUUUCUGCUGUGCAGGAUUCAGAUCUUAGUAACACUGCCAUAAAUUUCUUCAUAAAGAAUUUUUUUAAUGUCUGUUUAAUUCUGUCAGCUCUCUGUAACAGGAUAUGAUAGGACACUAUAUUAAUAAUUAUUGCCAGUUUGGGCCCCCCCAAGCCCAUCAGUGGAAUGCUUUUCACUGUCUUAGAGGAUGUCACAGAGCUUGUGAAAUUGCAUAAGCUUAGUAUUUGCACAAAGAGUGUCCCUAUCUUAGGAGCACUGAGAACAGAAACUAAGAAGCCUGGUUCUAAAAUAUUGUUAAUACAAUCAAGGAGCACUUUUAAUUGCUUAGUUCUUCUGAGGAAGCAGUAGCAAUCCGUUGUAAGUUCAGGCAGCAGCAGGUGUUUUAGCUCAUGGAGGGGUGUCUCCUUUAUUUUUAAGAAGGAUAGCCAUUGAUUUAUGCUUUUUUUUACCACCUCUUGUUAAAAUGGCCUUUUAUUUCCCUGGACGAAACAGUAUUUGGUAUUCCGGGGAUUUACUUGAUUUCACAGUUUUUCUAUUUAGUUGGCAUCCGAGAAGAAGCCGCUGCAUUUUGCGUCUGUUUUUUAUGAAAACAGAAGAUGAAAUUGUCUUCCCAUUAAUGCAUUUCAAAUACAGGCAACACUGGGGGAUUAGAUGGUGAGGAUGCAUAUAUAAAAUCAUGCAUUAGCACUGCCCAGUAGAGGAAACGCUCCUUUGAUUAGUUUUAACUGGAUGUCACAUGGACUGGAUGCCAGGGCAGGCCAUUGCCGCCUGGAAGGGAAGGGCGACUGCUUUCUCCUUCACAAUACUUGUAUCCGUUUGUCGGCAGUCUUGAGCAGGAAACGUCGAAUUAAGUUUUUGUAUUGCUCUCUUACAUUGAUGGGUAUCGUGAGAAUACAUGG